AUGGAUUUCGAUUCCAACACGCCCGAAUAUGCAGCGUCAUUCGUAUCAUUUCACACUUCCAAUUUUGUAACUCGUUACACUCUAGAGAUCUCCCUCGCCACAGCGCCCUUCAAAUGGCGAAUAACACGUCGUUAUUCGGAGUUCCUCGACUUGCGCGACGUCCUUGCCCUAUCUCAUCCAGUGCAAGUGCCUAGAAUAGCCUUCCCCAAGAAGAUCAUAUUCGCCUCGUUGGCACCAGAUCGGGUUCUCAACGAGCGUGCCCACGCGUUGACAGACUGGCUCAACCAAAUACUCAGAUCAGUAGAGCCUGAUCCUAUGUCGAUUGCAUUGCGGCAAUUUCUUAAUCUGUUUCAACCAUGUAAAUCUCUACCACCUGAUAUGUCGGUCGGACUUGACAACAACAGUCCAGUCGGCCCUCCUGUUCGCAGUCGUGACGGGCGGACUCUCCUGGUGCAGCCACUUCCGGUUUAUAUCUUCUCUUACCUUGAGACUAGGGAUUCUUCCCAUCUGUCGGUUGUAUGCAAGGGCUUCUGGCAGGCCUCGACGGACCCUCUACUCUGGUCGAGCACCGGAUUGGAAUUCUCUUGUCCAGAUUUGGAACGACGUCAGCAAGGCCUGAUCAGGAUCUUGUACAGGGCUGCAUCGACGCUGCCGCAAAUGGUCCUUAAAUUGAGAUUCAACGGCACGCCGAGGCUGCGACAGUCGUUGCCUAUGUGCAUGCACUUUAAUCGUCUCACGAGGCUGUGCAUGCGUACACGGGACGGUGCUUCCUACCAACUGUUCUGUGAGAUUCUGGAUAGUGUGUGUUCGUCGGACUACAUGCCCUUGCGAGAUCUCGAUCUUUGUGGCCCCCUCGACAUGGAGUGUCUCCGUCCUCUUGAAGAGGUCAUUAAGCAGUUGGUCAACCUCCGACUCACUUGGACGGACAAUCCCCGUCUUGGUUUUGUUGAUUUGACUGAAGACAUUUGCAUUGUAGUUGAGGAAAUGCUAUCAGCCGCUAAGUCUUUGCGGGCGUUGGCAAUCAUGGCAGAAGACGAAACACGCCUGAGGCGAUCGACAUUCACAGACUUGAUUGCUGUGGUGGCAAAGCUCCCUUUAUUGGACGCCUUCGAGUGUGACUUCAUCGACGACAAUCAGCUGAUGAAUACCUUUUCUAUGCCGGAGGAGGCCCUACGACCUAUUGUUAUGCACAUGACUGGACUCAGAGCAGCGCCGAAUAUUCGAGGAAAUGUAUUUGCACAACUUUUGCCGAAAUUAUCGCCGAAUUUGAUUUCACUUCAUUUGGAAGAGUUCCAGAAUCCAACACAGAGAUGGAUGUUCCAAGGCGUAAUUUUACCGCCGAUAUAUUCCCUCAGUGACAGUCUUCACUUCGCUCACUUGACUGAUAUAACACUGACGGCUGUCGCUUCCCUGGCGACGUCGGGUUUGGCCGCACUAGUGGAUGCUACUGCCGAGAACCUGCGAGUUCUCGCGAUUCGGGACUCCAUUUGGCACCUGUCGGACGAGUGUGGGGCAAUUCUGAACUCGGGAAAGCUCGUGCGUUUGGAGCGGUUAGAGCUGAUUGGUGUGAACGAUCUAUGGAGUGAUGCUUUCCUCGAGGACAUGGAGUCUAUGGGCUCUUUAUCAGUGUUGAAGCUGAGUCGGAGUCGGAAUAUGACCGAUGCGGCUAUUAACCAUUUGAAGAGAGAGUUGACGCCUUUGGCGCACGCGGAAGAACUAAUGAGCACUGGGCCCCUCGAUAAGGAUGAGUUCGAGGUCGCAUGCCAGUCUAGGAAUCCAUCCCCAUUUGAGUGGGACCAACGGCACUGGUUUGCUGGCCAGUAA